UGUCUGUUGCGCAGGGCUGUCGUGAUUUGGUCGAAGGCAGCCUCUUUAGUUUUAUCCGAUUGGCCGUUCUUAACGCCCGGGCCCAUUGGGUAGCAGGGGAGGGGGCUUGGGUGGCUAGAGCGGCCCCGUUGUUCUCGAGCCGAAGUCAGCCUUCCACCUCGACAGAUCGCUUCUCAUUUUCUCCUAUUGGCCGAAGUUCUGAAAGCCAGAAGACCCUCCCCAUUGGUUGCGGAGGAGAGGCUCCCCCUGCACGAUUGGCUGCGGGGCUCGUGGGUGCUUCGUUGCUGCUUUCUCAGUCUCUCGCUGACUGGUGGGCGGGGCUCGCUCCCCCGGUGCUUUGCGGCUGCUGCGGCCUGAGAAUCUGAAAAACAGUAACAUGAACUGCUGUAUUUGUGCUUCCUGACAGAAGACUGGUGCUAAGAGGAAGGAUCUGCAGUUUGGCUAGAAGGCUUUCUGGCAACCCUUUGGAGCUGAGGGUUUGCUGCCUCCAAGCAGAUAUUUGCCAUUUCCUGCCUUGAUGCAAAGCAGCACUUGAAUUGCACCUGCCAUCCUCUCUCACUUGCAGAAACCAAUUUUUGUUUCUGUGCUAUAUAACUGAAUGUUUUAUACAGACAAGUUAUUAUGUCUAAGAAGCAAAACCAAAAAGAUUCAUCAGGGUUUAUUUUUGAUGUGCAGUCCAAUACUGUGAUGGCCCAAGGAGGGACUUUUGAAAACAUGAAAGAGAAGAUCAGUGCUGUGCGAGCAAUAGUCCCCAACCGCAGCAACAACGAAAUCAUCCUGGUGCUGCAGCACUUUGAUAACUGUGUAGACCGAACAGUGCAGGCUUUCAUGGAAGGAAGUGCCAGUGCAGUGCUGAAAGAAUGGACAGUGACUGGCAAGAAAAAGAACAAAAAGAAGAAAACCAAACCAAAGCCUCCUGCAGAAUCAAGUGUCAACCUUCCUGACCCCAGCAAGCCAGCGUCCACUGAAGAGGAACAGUCUGCAGCUUCAUCAGAGAAGGGCGGGAUCAAUGGUUACCAUGUCAAUGGCUCAGUCAAUGACACAGAGUCCGUGGACUCACUCAGCGAAGGCUUGGACACUCUUUCCAUAGAUGCCAGAGAGUUGGAGGAGGGUGAGCCUGCUGUGCCUGAGGUGCCUGAGAGAGCAGCAAUAUUUGAGUUAGAAAACGGACUAGCAGACUUCAGUCCAAAGUCUGCUACCGUGCGGUCUUCCCAUAACACCCAGCCUCCCAGAGUACAGCCUGAACUGAAGAGCCCUGGCAAGCCACUCUCCAGACCUGUACUGAGCAACCAGUCACGUGCGUCUUCAUCCCUAGCAAUGCUAGAUGAGGUCCCUGUGUCUUCUGGAAACAAAAAGCUAGGUUCCAAUAUUGAAAAGUCAGUAAAAGAUCUCCAACGAUGCACCGUGUCAUUGGCUCGGUAUCGGGUUGUAGUUAAAGAAGAAAUGGAUACCUCCAUUAAAAAAAUGAAGCAAGCCUUUGCUGAGCUGCAGAGUUGCCUCAUGGAUCGAGAAGUAGCCCUUCUGGGUGAAAUGGACAAAGUGAAAGCAGAAGCAAUGGAAAUCCUAGGCAGCCGACAAAAGAAGGCAGAGGCACUGAAGAAGAUGACUGAUGUGGCGGUCCGCAUGUCAGAGGAGCAGCUGGUAGAGCUCAGAGCUGACAUAAAGCACUUUGUUAGUGAGCGCAAAUAUGAUGAAGAUCUUGGCAGGGUGGCUCGCUUCACUUGUGACCUCGAUGUGUUAAAGAGGAGCAUUGAAUCCUUUGGACAAGUUUCGCAUCCAAAGAACAGUUACUCAACCAGGUCACGGUGCAGCUCCAUUACCUCUGUGUCUGUGAGCAGCCCAAAUGAUUCAACCACCACAGUGUGUGCCUCUGCUUCUGCUCCAAGCCUUACAACAGCCAAUAAGAAACCACCAUUCCCAGCAGAAACCCCCACCAGUGCAACAAGCCGUCCGUACCAGCCCUACCGUGAGGGGUUCCAAGGUAACAGAAGACCCAAUCAAGGUUAUAGGCCCCAAGGACAACGCCAGAAUGGGCCCUCUCACCCCAAUUCAAACCGGUACAGAAAUGGGUCUUGGUACCAGUCCAACUCCAGGUCCCGGCCUCCUCCUGGGAACACAAACAACCUCAGCCAGACUUGUGCCACAGGAACCAAUGGAACUGGUCCUGGUCCUGAGGCAGGUCCACCAGCCCCAUCUGCACAGGCGCAGUUGGGUACACUCAGCAAAGAAACCAAGGCUCUCCCACAGCGGAAACCUAGGUCAAGCCAGUCUGAGGUGGCCAAUCCUUGAGGACCAUGAACUCUGCCACUUUCCAAAACUGGCUAACAGGAUUGUAGGACACACCUAGCUAGAGAUAUUAACAAAGGAAAGUUUACACUUGCUGUCCCUGUGCCACUUCUCUUCCCCAAUCAUUCCUUUCUGGGAAAGCAGCUUCCUCUUGCUUCUCCUGUCCUUGCUUCCUGCCAUGUGACAUGGGUUAGGCUUUAGUGGGAAAAUGCACACUCAUGCUGUAAGGCGUGGCCUUGGCAAACCUCAUGGCUGCCACCUCCUUUGCACUCUGGCUCCUCUUGUGCUGGUGCCAUCCUUCAAUGUUGGCCGAGUCUCUCAGCCUAAGAGCAAAAGGGUGAGGAGGGGGAUGUCUUCCAGGAGCCCCAGCCCUAAGCCUCUACUCUUCCCCCUCCCUGAAUGCUGCUAGCUAGGCCUUACUCCUAACAGCAAAACUAUUCAUGCUGGCAAUGAAACAAAUUGCUGUGAACUGUGAGACCGAAGUCAGAGAUCCAAAUGGGAGGAGCCAUAAGAGAGAUUGCUGGGAUGGAUUUCUUUUUCUUUUUACAUCUUAUCUAAAUACUACACUUGGGGAAACUGGGCUUGUAUGCUUCUUCCACCAGAGGAUGGGAGAGAUCCGGUCCUCCUGAGAGAAGUAAUGUUCUGUCUGUACGUCACGUAUACAUAGAUGUUCCCUACUUUUAAUGUUUGAAGGAUGGGAGGUUUUAUUUGUUUCCCUCCCAACCACAAUCCCAUCAUAUGAUCCUAAACUAAAUUUCUAGCAGAUUAAUUAGCAGUUCUAAUCCUAGGUGAUCUCAAGUAAAAAUAAAUUGCUACAGUCUAUCUCUGUCCUUCUAUAAAUAAAAAUGACGUACAUGUUUAAAA